AUCUUUAAAUUUUGGUUUUUCAGAAUUAUCUUCCUCUCUCCGUUUGAAGACUAUUACUAGUCUUGAUUGAACGGCACAAAAUGUGAGUGAGCAGGUCAAUCUGGAAGGGUGUUUGGUCUGGUUGAUAACUCAACUCAGUCAAAGGGGAACGCGUCAAACAGGAUAGCUGAAAAGUACUGACAACAGCCUGUAUAGAUAUAAUAGUCGCUCGCUUCUAAUCCAUCGCCACAUAUACUCACAAUGCGCACUCCGCCUCAAUUGCAGGGUCUACGAGACCGAUACACCUCGCUGCCGUAUCUGACGACGUUGAUUGCUGGGACGUUGAUUGCUCUACGGAUUACCGGUCUCUUUUUCUCAGGCGUCAACGGGUUCUUGGCUCUCAACCCGUCAGCAGUCUUGCAUGGUGGAUUUCACAGACUGUUGACUUAUCCCCUCGUCCACCAGAAUUUUAUGCAUCUAUUAUUCAAUUUCUUUGCUCUGAUCCCGGUAUUGUCCGUCUUUGAGGAGGAGACUGGUACUGUGGGUACUGCUGGAUGCCUAGCCUUGUUCAGCGUUGCGCCGGGUGUUGCGUAUGUUUUCAUCAGUUUAUUCACGGGAAGUACCACUACUCUUGGAGCGUCUGGCUGGGUUUUCAGCUUGAUGGCCUACUUUGCGCUCAAAGACGCAGCUAUUCGAUCGACCAUCUACAUCAACCCACGAUUCCAAAUUCCUACUUGGUCAACGCCUUUGCUCACACUAUUAGUGAUUGCGAUCUUGCUCCCUGCCUCGUCAUUCUUGGGACAUUUGCUUGGUCUGGCUGUCGGCUAUGCAUAUGGUCUGGGAUACCUGGAGCAGGCUAAGCUUCCCCAGCAGCUGAUUCUGAAGGCUGAGACGGCGUUGUCGGCUCGGCAACUGACUAAGGCUCUUCCGCGUUUCAUUUCCGACGACAGUGCGUCGAAGCAUAGAGUUGUCUUUGAUGGCUCGAUGGACGCUGGUGUUCCUUCGGGAAGCACAAGUCCUGUCCUCGGCGCUCAAACCGGUGGAACUAGCUCACCGUUUUCCGGCCAAGGACGGCCAUUAGGAAGCUAAAUAGCUGGCUGAAAAAGCUGGAAUGGGAGUGGAUGAACUAGAUGAGUGUUUGGUGCAGGAAGCUUGCUAGUACAGUGGAACGGUGUUGCUCCAGAAGCAUAGUUGCUAUUUUUCUCUUAAUAUAUGUGAAUAGGAAACGAUAUUGA